AUGGCGUCUUCAUGUGCGGUUCACCCCGCCCAGCCAGGAAUCGACCAAUUUUUCAUCUCGCUGGCUGAAACCACAAUUGUCAACAAAACUGUGAAGUUUAGAUUAAAAACUGCUGUUGAAGAAUCAGUAACAAGCUUGCUGUCAACAAACGAGGAAAAAAAAACAGACACCGGAAAUGUUUCGAGCCCCAUUUUGGACGUUCUCGAGACGAAUCGACCUCCUGACCUGCCUCAACAUUGGUUCUAUCCCCCUGGCCAUUUGGGAUCCUUUCAAUGGGGAAAGAAAUGGCGCUAUAUGGGUCGUGGCCUUCUAAACUAUGCCAACACUUGCUUUUUGAAUGCCACAAUCCAAGCUUUGGCAUACUGCCCACCAUUUGCGCAGGAUUGUCUAGCAGCAAAGCAUUCAAACCGAUGCUUGCGGAAGAAAAGAAAUCAAGUUUGCGGCUUUUGCCAAUUCGAGAUUCUUGUUAGAAAUCUGUUUAGCAAGACAGAAGAAGGGAAGCCGAGAAUUGCGUCGUUCCCUCCCUUAUUCAUUAAAUUGCUAAGGAAGGAAAUUAAAAUGAAUCAAGGAAUUAGUUUUGGUGGAAAUGAUUGGUUUGGAGUUCAAAAUUGUGCUCAUGAAUGGCUGAUUCAAUUCAUAGAUUUACUCUCGAAAUAUGAUUUGCCUCCCGAAUUACAACAAGAUUUUGAAAAUGGGAGAGUCAGAGGGGCUGAUUCAGCAACUUGUUACUUGCAGCAGAUGUUCUCGUCGUGUUUCCAAGAGUCCAAAAUUUGUCAAGUGUGUCACAAAUCGACUUCAAACUAUGAGCUCAAUACCUGCAUUCGAGUCUCCAUUACUGAUGGUUCCCUUGAGAGUGGAUUGCAACAUGCAUUCAAACCAGAACUCCUCAGCGGUAGCAAUCAGCCAAUGGCAGAAUUUCGGGCGGAAACAAAAAAGACUCCGAAAUGGAAAGACCGUUACGGAAUGUUUGAUUCUAAAGUGAAGAAAAAUUGUACGCAAAUGAGAAUUCCAUUGAAGUUGAAGCUUGAGGAUUUCAUGACGCCCGAGUGUCAAAAAUUGUUCUGUUCAACUUCAACAACGGGGGAAGGAACAGUUUAUGAAUUUAGUGCUUCGGUGAACCACGCGGGGAGCGCAGGAUUUGGUCAUUAUUGGUCAACUGUUGUUGGACCUGACGGGUUGUACUACAAGCUUGAUGAUGAGCUGAUCACUCAGAUUCCUCCUUCUUUGCUUCUUCAACAAUUGGGUUCAUCUUACCUUCUCUUCUAUACGCGAAGAACUCCCGUUAAUUCUGCUGCUCCAAUAAUCAAAGCAGGAGAAAGCAUAACGCUCUAUAGAUCGAAAUAUGAUGAAGGUGUCGAAGUCGCUGAUACCAUCCAGGAGGCUGAGGAAGAACCCUGGAAAGUCCAAAUUUCUUUAGGAUUAAAUGUCCCAAAUAUGGCAUCUCAGUCUGUCCCAAAUAUGGCAUCUCAGUCUGUCCCAAAUAUGGCAUCUCAGUCUGUCCCAAAUAUGGUAUCUCAGUCUGUCCCAAAUAUGGCAUCUCAGUCUGUCUCAACUAAAAUAUCAUCUGAGAUGGACAACUUGCAACAACCAUCGGAUGAAUCUGGAAGGAUUGAUGAGAUUGAAAGUGAAACGGAUACAUCUGAGAUCGAUGAUGAAAUGGAUCGAGCACUCGAGAUUGAUUCACAAAGCAGUCAGUCUUCAGAAGACUCCUUUUUCAAUGAGGAAGCCGUUAACGGCAACGAACUUGAAAUUCGGCGUCGCUUGUUGACUGAGAUGAUGGAAGAUGGUUCUGAUGACAAUGAAUCUGGGAAUGAAGAGUUUAUGAAAUUAUUGACUAGAUACAGAGAGAGACGAUUUCUAUCGAGUCGUCUGCGUCGUUCUGUAUUUUAUUCUAGAGCUGCUAAAUGGAGACAUCUCCGUCAAGGAUUCUUCGAAACGUCCCAAACGUCUGAACCAGCGUGGUCUGAACCAGGAUCACCUAAAAGAAGGAAAUGCGAUACUGAAGACAUUGCGGACAAAUCGGGUCUUGUGAAACAGGUUUCUACCAACAAUCCGGAAGAAGAUCAUCGCACUAUUGACGAAAGUUCAUCCUCGAGUGACGAUGAUGGGAUUCCUCAUUACCAACCAAAUUCGACUGAAGGAAAGAAAGUCUUUUACGAACGUUUCAAUCCGGAAGUCCCGACUUGA